CCGAUAAUCACACCAGAGUUUAGGAUCAGCACGCCGAAGGACCGGAAAACGUCGUCUUCUUGCCUUCGUCCUCGGAUUCCCGAGAGUGGAUUGACGGCGGCGCGACCUGCCUCCGCCGCGCUCAUCACCACUUUCUUAGCUUUUCUGCCGUAACCGGCCACAGCUGCAGCUUGCUUGCUCGUCGCGAAGCGGAAUGAGACGCUUCUACUCAGCAAUGUCAUCGAAGCCUUUCAGCGGCCUAUCGCUCGUGAAGCUGGUCGACACAUGGCCAUACUACCAGCAAAAUCCGGCCGCAUACAAGGCCUGGAUGCAGGAUUACUACUAUUUCAUGAUCGAGGGCUACCCCAAGCCCUUCGGCUACAUGCACAAAUCCAUCCUGCAGGGGCUCAACCUGUCGCCAAGCUGGAAGGUCAACAGCGAGCGGCGCCUGCUGACCAUGGUGCAGGCGGACUCCUUCCAGGAGCGGACGCAGGUUAUGCGCGAAAUGCUGUUGCGAGCGGUGAAGGAGGGCGCGCCGACGAGCCCGCGGAAGUUCUACGACGAGGCCCUGCGCGUCAUGUCAUCGGAGGGUGAACACGUGCUCGACACGGACCGCAGCGGCCUCGACCCCUUCGGCGUCGUGAGCUUUAGCUCCCACGUGAUUGGGUUCGUUAGGGAUGGCAACGACACCAAGUACUGGGUGCCGAAACGGUCGGCGACGAAGCCGACGGUGCCCAACAAGCUCGACAGCACCGUCGCGGGGGUUGUCCGGUCUGGGGAGCGGCCUGUCGACUGCAUGGCGCGCAAGAUUGCCGUUGAGGCAUCCGUUCCCAAGGAGUACACGAGGGCAAACAUCACCGCGUGCGGCACCGUCUCGUACCAGAUGUCCAUCACCAGCAACGGCAAGCCUGGCUGCCAGCACAUCAUCUCGUACCUCUACGAGAUGGAGAUUGGUAGGGACAUGAUCCCCCGACCGGGCAAUGACGAAGUCGAGGCGUUUACGCUCAUGACACUGGAUGAUGUCAAGGGCGCGUUGAUGGAGGGGGAGUUCGUGGCAAAUCGAGCCAUGAUAUGGCUGGCGUAUCUAAUCAGGCAUGGCGUGAUGACGGCGGAGAACGAACCGGACUUUAUCGAGAUUUGCCAGAGGCUGCAAAGAAAGCACGAUCUGUUCAUUGUGGAAGGGUGAGGCUCAGGGCCAAGGACGUAGAUCAACUCCAUGACACCUUCAGUGCGGGCUACUCUAAAAAUGGUUAUGAUUU